AUGGGAUCUGGACUUGGAACCAACAUGGCACCUGUGAUUGGAGCCACCAUGGGAUCUGGUCCUGGAGCCAAUAUGGCACCUGGUCCUGGAACCAACAUGGGACCUGGUCCUGGGACCAACAUGGCACCUGGGAUUGGAACCAACAUGGCACCUGGGAUUGGAACCAACAUGGCACCUGGUUCUGGGACCAACAUGGCACCUGGGAUUGGAACCAACAUGGCACCUGGGAUUGGAACCAACAUGGCACCUGGGAUUGGAACCAACAUGGCACCUGGGAUUGGAACCAACAUGGCACCUGGUCCUGGGACCAACAUGGCACCUGGAAUUGGAACCAACAUGGGAUCUGGUCCUGGAGCCAAUAUGGCACCUGGUUCUGGGACCAAUAUGGGACCUGGGAUUGGAGCCAACAUGGGAUCUGGUCCUGGGACCAACAUGGGACCUGGGAUUGGAACCACCAUCAGCCACGGUCUUGGAGGCAACAUUGGGGCCAACAUUGAACCUCCUCAUGGAGCCAACGUUGGGCCCGGCCUUGGAGACCCCGUUGGCCACGGUCUUGGCUCUGAGGUUGGCAUCAGGGUGGGCCUUGGCCUUGGGGUGGCAGCAGGAGCCGACGUUGGGCCCGACCUGGGGGCUGAUCUUGGUGCUGCCCUGGGAGCUGGUGCUGGAGGUGAUGGUGGAGCUGGUCUCCAACCUGAUGGUGGAGCAGAUGUUGGGGCUGGUUUGGGGGCCGGAGUCACUCUGAGCCUUGGGACCAACAUUGGGCCUGGCCUCGGCGUCACCAUUGGGGCUGGACUUGGCCUUGGAGCCAACAUUGGGGCCACCGUUGGCUCCAGUCUUGGUUCUCCUGGUGGACUUGGCCUCGGAGCUGCUCUUGGGACCAACAUUGGCACCACGUUGGCACCGGGGGUCGGCGUCGCCAUCGGAGCCGCCGUCGGGGCCGGUGUCGGAGUCACCGUUGGGGCCAACGUUGGGCUGGGACCUGGUGCUGGACUCACUGUUGGAGCCAACGUUGGUCCUGGGCUUGGAGCUGGAGUCACCAUUGGCUCCACUCUUGGCCCCAACGUUGACCUUGACCUCAGCGUCGGAGCCAACGUUGACCCCGCCCUCGCGUCCGACGUCAGAG